CUGGUAAAAGCUACCGUUAAUUAUCCGCCGAGACACUUGCCUCAAUUUCCAAUUGUUUACUCUGAUUUCAUCGCUCGCUCUCAGAGUCUCUUUCACUUUCCACACAGCAUUUUCAGAGCAACAAGUUCGAGUGGUGGCAGCUUGGAAAUGUGGUUGUUUGAAAUGGUGGUUCUCCUUUCCGGUCUUCUUCCAAAUCCAAAGCUGUAAACAUCAGUGCUUUCUAUCUGCAUCAACUGUUUGGAUGAUUCCCUUUGGACUCAGUGGAGCUAUAAGCACUCGAAUCUCAAAUGAACUUGGAGCUGGUCAUCCACGUGCAGCACAAUUAAAAGUGUGUUGUCAUUGUGAUUGGCAUUAUCGAGUAUCUUAGUUGGCAUUCUGAUGAUACGAAUAUGCAAUAUCUGGGGCUAUGCAUAUAGCAAUACAGAAGAAAUGGCCAAAUAUGUCGCAACUUUGAUGCCAAUUCUUGCUGUAUCUAACUUUCUAUACGUAUUCCACUGCGUUCUUUCAGGUUUUUCCCUAUUUCCUCUUUUAAUUUUCAUUUAUUGUCUAUAUUGGAGUGGAGCUAUGACUUAAAAGCACUAUGACUCAAAAUUGUUCUUCAUUUAUCGUUGUAUAUGAUUUUGUCUGAUUAGGUUUAUGAAAUCCAAAAAUUCACAUGAAUUAUGUCUGAUUUUCUUUUUGAUUAAAAGUUUUUCCAAAAAAAAUUCAUUUUAUAAAUCAAGAAGGGAAGUGAAUUGAGUUGAUUUGAAGUGGAGUUGCUGAUGAUGAGAGUAUUAUUGGCAUGAGCUGCGACAAUAUCUUGCGCACCGUGUUCUUUUUGAGACAUGGGUUGUUGUUGCAAUGAAGAAUGUGCCGAAAUGCUAAUCUGAGCCUCUCUGUAUUCAUCUUAGGUUAUUGUUCUUUGUGUGAAAUUUGCUUACUCGGUCUUCUCCUUAGGAUGUUCUAUGUUGUUUAUUUAUCCUCAAAAUCAAUUUGUAGAAGGAUCUGAUUUUGGCUUAAAGGACAGUACUCAGUCUUCUCCUUAGGAUAUAAUAUAUCACUCUGUUUAUGUAUAACCUCUCUGUUUCCAUGUGAUAGAUGCUAAGACGGCUGGAUGAAGUUCUUUAAAGAAGGAGUCUAGAAUGGUAGAAAUCGUGAAAAUUAUGUGUUGUUACAUUAACUUUCUGAUUAUUUCAAAAAAUAAACAUUAAGUAAUAUUUUUGUUCUCUGUAUCAAUUUUUAGCUAGUUAACCCAAAAAACAUUUAAAAGCUUGUUUACUAGGUGGCUAGAUUUUUCUUUUCUAGUCACCAUUUAUCAAACACUAUGUAGAUAAAAUGUAAAAGAAGGCUUUCUUAUUUAAGGAAUGAAAAGGUAAGGCUGAAGAAGUGGAAAGUACGUUUAUGAAAAUAAAGUAACACAGAUUUAAGUAUGUGUUCAUUCAAACAAUUGUGAGAUUCGAUUUGAUUUUCUGUGUUGGUCAAUGGUCAUAAUGCAUAUUGCAUAAAUAUGUGAAUGUGAAUGACAUAUAUAGUGACAAAUGAAACUUGAGCAAGGCUAGCUUGUUUAUUGCCAUUAUUCUAUAGGGCUGACAUUUCUUUCUUGCACUCCGCACAAGCAUGAACUAGAUUAUUAUUUUUUUAACUUAGUAAUGAAUCGGAGAGAAAAGGAUAUCCUAGAAAGAAAAACGUACUGUGGGAGUUCACUUAAAUACUGCAAGCUCUAUGGUGUGUGAUAGCUAUUCAGUUGGUACCAUUUUCAAAAAAGAAGAAGCUAUUCAGCUAGUACAAGUGUACAAGUGAUAUUAUUGCUUCCCUAUGUCAACCAUAAUUCAGGAACUGCAAGCGGUUGCGGUUGGCAGAAAAUUGGUGCAUUUGUGAAUCUGGGGGCAUUCCAUGUAGUCGGAAAUCCAUCAGCUCUCGCGGGUAGCUUUUGUAUUGCAUGUUGGUGGCAAGGUAAAAAAAUGGUUCAUUCUUUUGUAGCAUAGAUUUAAUAUGGUUUUCCUAUUAAAUAGGGGCUGUGGCUGGGGAUAAUUUGUGCACUCAUUGUUCUAGUAUUUUCCCUAAUGAUCAUUACUGUACGUAUUGAAUGGGAGAAGGAGGUGAAGCUUUCUAUUUUUUUUUCUUUGAACUCUCCUUCAUCUUUCAUUUUUGUGAUGCAAGUGCUGACAUGUCUUUUUUUGGACACCACAUUCAGGCAAAUAAGGUCACAGGUAGAGUCUAUGGCGCAAUAGCACCAGAGAACAUAGUUUCAUGGAGCUGCAAUAUCUCUGCAGCUACAGAUAAAUUUUUUUCCCGCCUAAAUGCAUCUAAACAGUUAGUUUUCCAUGUGUCAAUUCUCUCUCUCAACUCCUCCUUUUUUCCUUUCCCGCUUACUUCUUACCUCUUCUAUUUUUGAUUUCAUUCAAAAUAAUUUCCUUUCUUACUGGAAAAAAUCCAUGCUCAAGUUCACCCUCCUUUUUUUUUCUCAGCCAACCCUUCCCCAUUUCUUCUUCCCCCUUCCUCACUUCCCUCUUUAUCUCGGCGUUUUCCCCCCAACAGUUCAGCUUUUCUUAACUCGGACUCUUUUAUCCAUCAUCACAAUUCUCUCUUUAUACUCUUCUUUCUCCUCCUUCAAUAGCUCCCUCUCUCUUUGUGAUGUAUUUCCAGGUAGCACACUUUUUCUGAGAUUGCUCUUUCUCCUCUUUCACUCCCUAGUCUUAAUGAAUUGCUGUUUGUUGAAUGAACAGGUUGUCAGUGACUUUACCCUUCCCUCAGGUUCUGACAAGAUUUGUACUGGAAGUACGGACGACAUUAAAGGUUUGGGAUCACCAAACUUGAAAGCUUGUUGGUAUUUGUUUUUCAUUUCGUUGAUUAGUGGAAGUUUUGGUUUUAACAUUAAACACCCAGAAAUUGGGCUGUUAAGGUACAUGUUAGAAAUAAUAAUAUAAAAUUAUUCAUAUGACCCUUACCCAACAGCAUGAGCAAACUUAGCCACGGAAGAAAAAAUUCGAAAACACCAAACACUUCCCGUGGUGGCAACUCCACUGGCCAGGCCACCGUCAUCAUCACCUUUGUAAGACAUAUCCAAAGUGAAACGAGGAUGAUUCACUCUAAAUGGUAACCCCUUUCAAAUUCAAUGCACCUCCAUCAACUUUCCAUCUAUGCAAUCAAUAUAAAUCAUCCCUCAAUUUCCCAUCUAUAAAUAACGCUUCUUCAUAUAAUAACACCACUAUAUCAUUCCUCACAACAAAACCCUAAAAAUCCCUGUCUUCCCUUUUCUACUAUCGCGUUUUCUUCUUCCAAUCCUCAUGGCUGAGAAACAGCUUGUCGUGGCCGUCGAAUGCACCGCUGCUAUGGGCCCAUAUUGGGACACCAUUCUCAGGGAUUACCUUGAUAAGAUCAUCAGGUCUUUCGGUGGAAACGAGUCAAUUGGGCAGAAUCCUUCUGCUUCGAACGUUGAGUUUGCUCUAGUCACCUAUAGUACUCAUGGAUGUUAUUCUGGUUGCCUUGUGCAACGGACUGGCUGGACAAGAGACCCAAAUGUUUUCUUCUCGUGGCUUUCAGCUGUACCCUUUACUGGUGGUGGUUUUAAUGAUGCUGCAAUUGCCGAAGGGCUUGCUGAAGCUCUGAUGAUGUUCCCAAAUUCUCAAAGUGGAGGCCCGAAUCAGCAGAAUGUGGAUAUGCAUAAGCACUGUAUCCUUGUAGCAGCAAGCAAUCCUUAUCCAUUGAAGACACCAGUUUAUAUUCCGCGACCACAGAACCUAGAGAAGAUUGAAACCAUUGAUUCAGAUCCAGGGAACCGUUUAUAUGAUGCUGAAGCUGUUGCGAAAGAAUUUCCUCAGUUUUCUAUUUCUCUGUCAGUCAUCUGCCCUAGACAACUUCCCAAAGUUAAAGCCAUCUACAAUGCAGGAAAACGAACUAGUGGAGCAGCUGAUCCACCUGUUGAUGUUAAAACCCCUUAUUUCCUUGUUUUAAUAUCUGAAGCUUUCAGAGAAGCCUCCACUGCUUUGAGUCGUUCUGGGAUCACAAUCUUGCCUACAAAGCAAAGUCCUGUUAAAGUAGAUGCAGUUUCUGUCACACCAGGUACAUGGGCACCCCCAACUUCUUUGCCAUCAGUUAAUGGAUCAAUUGCAAACUGGAAACCUAUAUCUGUUAGGAAUGUGGCUCCUGCAACUGUAAAAGUGGGGCCAGUUCCCGUAGCUUCCAUGGUAUCUGGACCUGCUUUUCCCCACAAUUCAUCAGUUCCGCGUGCUGCUAGUUCUAGUCCAGGUGUUCCAAAUUUUCAGACAUCCUCUCCAUCUUCUGCUUCUCAAGAUCUCAUGACAAGUACUGAAAAUGGUCAGGAUACAAAGCCUAUGGCGUCAAUGUUGCAGCCGCCCUUAGGUCCAGUGCAUCCUGCACAAGUGAAUGUGAACAGUUGGAAUAAUCUCUCUCAAGCACCUCAGGUGAUGAACUCUGCUGCCUUAAGUGGUGGAACCUCUAUGGGACUUCCAUCAAUGGGUCAGACUCCUGUUGCCAUGCACAUGUCAAACAUGAUAUCUAGUGGGAUGGCAUCUUCUGUACCUGCGGCUCAAAAUGCAUUUUCAUCUGGACCGUCAGGAAUAAUAUCAAUAACCAGUUCUGGACCUCUCAUCGCUCCUGCACAGGUUGGACAAAACUCAGCUCUCUGUUCAUUAACUUUAGCUACUUCUAAUUUGUCUUCAAGUUCAAAUCUUGGGAUUUCACAACCAUUGAGUAACCUUCAAGGAGCUGUUAGUAUGGGACAACGGGUCCCUGGAAUGAGCCAAGGGAACAUUUCAGGAGCCCAAGUGGUGCAAGGUAGAGUUACCAUGAACCAAAAUGUUGGUCCAUCAGUUGUCUCUUCUGGAAAUGGUACGAUGAUUCCUACUCCUGGAAUGUCUCUACAAGUACAAUCAGGUGUGCAGCCACUUGGGAAUAAUGCAGCACCUAAGAUGACUCUGCCACAGCAGACAUCAGGUGGUAUGCAGCCUACACAAUCCAAAUAUAUCAAGAUCUGGGAGGGAAGCUUAUGUGGGAUAAAACAAGAACAGCCAGUAUUCAUAACCAAACUGGAAGGUUAUAGGAAUGUUUCUGCCCCUGAGACAAUUGCAGAAAACUGGCCCCCUGUAAUGCAAAUGGUUCGGCUUAUACCUCAGGACCACAUGAAUGACGAGCAUUUUGUAGGAAAGGCAGAUUUUGUUGUUUUCCGGGUAAUGAACCCUCAUCGGUUUUUUGGUCAGCUGCAGGAAAAGAAGCUGUGUGCAGUUAUUCCAUUACCAUCACAGACAUUGCUACUAUCUAUUUCUAACAAAGCCUCCCGCUUGAUUGGGAUGCUUUUACCGGGGAUAUUAGAUAUGGCUGCGUUGAAGCCACAACUGUCAAGUCAACAGCAGCAACAAAUGCAACAGCCACAGCAGAUGCAAUCACAACAGCAGCAGCAUCCUCACUUGCAGCAACAGAAGCUUCCACAACAGCAGCAGCAGCAGCAGCAACUUACCCAGCUCCAACAACAACAGCAGCAAUUACUUCCACAAGUCCAACAUCAACAACUUUCCCAGCUGCAACAGCAACAACUCCCUCAACUUCAACAACAACAACUUUCGCUGCUGCAGCCGCAGCAACAGCUUCCGCAGUUGCAGCAACUACAGCAUCAGCAACUUCCUCAGCAGCAAGAGAUGGUUGGGGCAGGAAUUGGUCAAGCCUAUGUUCAAGGUCCUGGGCAGUCACAAAUGGUUUAUGAGGGACAGGUAUCACAAGGAACAACAGACAUUGGUGGGGGUUCAUGAGUUAGCUCAAAUUUUUAUAUGGAUUCCUCACAACUGACGCGGGUUAUAUUUAUAUUUUGGUUGAUAGGUCAAAAUCACAGAUUAAUGUUUUAUGACCAUAUAAUUUCUUGUUUUGUUUCUGAUUCUGGGUGAGCUUGAAUUCGGUAUUUGUUUAGCUCUUUGUUAAGGCUAUUGCGGCUUUCUCUGCUAGGUAGGGUCUUUGUUCUUUGUGGUUUUUGUUGUGGCUCGAUGAGAUCCUGUUUUGGUUGAACCUGUCGCCGCAUUUUGUACCCAUUUGGAGGUCUUAAUAAAGAUGUUGCUCGA